AUGGCCGCCGCCGAAGAGAAGCAGCAGGACAGCAUUGAGCUCCUCGAGAAGGCUGAGGAGGGCUCGGCUUCGUCCUCGGUCCGUCAGCACCAGCACCAGCAGCAGAAGAAGAUCGUCAUCCCUGGUGUCAUUAAAUACGUCUUCACCAACCUUGACUUCCCCUACCCUGUCUUCCUGACCACCUGGCACCUGACGUUCUCGGCCAUUGCUACUCGCGUCCUGCAGCGCACGACGACCCUCAUCGAUGGCGCCAAGGACAUUGAGAUGACUGUGAGUUUUGUUAACGGCGUUCAAACUGACCAUCAGCGCGACCGCUGGGUUCGCUCGAUCCUCCCCAUCGGUGCCCUCUUCUCGGGCUCGCUCAUUCUGUCGAACUAUGCCUACCUUACGCUUUCGGUUCCCUUCAUCCAGAUGCUCAAGGCGUUCAACCCUGUCGGCAUUCUCCUGAUCUCGUUCGCUUUCAAGAUCCAGGAGCCCAACGCUCGCCUGCUCGCCAUCGUUCUGAUGAUCUCCCUUGGCUGCGCUCUCGCUGCCUACGGUGAGGUUCACUUCGAGCUGAUCGGCUUCGUCUGUCAGUGCGCUGCCAUCGCGUUCGAGGCCUCGCGUCUCGUCAUGAUUCAGAUCCUGCUCCACGGAAUGAAGAUGGACCCCCUUGUCUCGCUUCACUACUUCGCCCCCGUCUGCGCGAUCAUCAACGCGUGCGUCAUGCCUUUCAUUGAGGGCUUCGCUCCCUUCCGUGACCUCCACAAGGUCGGCCUUCUCGUUCUCCUUUCGAACGCCGGUAUCGCCUUCGCCCUCAAUGUCGCUGCCGUUUUCCUCAUCAGUGUUGGUUCGGGUCUUAUCCUCACCCUCGCUGGUGUGCUCAAGGACAUUCUCCUCAUCUCUGCGUCCGUCAUUGCCUUUGGCACGCAGAUUACCGCCAUCCAGGUCUUUGGUUACGCUAUCUCGCUUGCGGGUCUCGUCACUUUCAAGACCACUGGCGGCAAGUAA